ACCCUAACCUUGCUCAUCCAUCAAAUACACAGAUGUUGUUCCCAAUAUUGACAUAAUUUUCCUCAAAAUCUAUUACUCUUGUAUAACCAAUUUCUAAAGUCACCCAAUCAAACUGCAUUUUUGCAGAAAAAGAAAAGUCACCUAAUAAAACACAAAUCAUAUAUUAAAUGUAAAGUUCUAACCAAAAACCUCAAAAUUCAUCUUCUUCUUCCUCUUUCUUUUUCCUUCUCUCUCCUCCACAUCCUUCUCCUUUCUCAAAUUGGAUGAAGAACCAUGGGUUCUCCAAGAGAACCCAAAUCAACUCAGGGAGAACCCAGAUCUGGGUUCUCUUGUUCAAUAGAUCAAGAUGGAGGGAAGAGGAGGGGAAAGAGAGGAAGAAGAAGAAGAGUGAAGCCCUUAUCGGGAAGCCAUUGGAUUUGGAGAUAAAAAAGCCAUGGGAGAAGGGAGAAAGAGAAAGGAAGGAGGAGGAAGGAAGAGAACUACAUUGUUGUCGCCAUUAUUAGUCAUUGCUAUUGCCAUCACCAUUAACAUUGAAGAAGGAGAAGUUAGCAGUGAAUGAGGGUAAAGGGUGUGAUGGCUUGGAGCUAGAGAUUAGAUUUAAGGUUUAUAGUGUUUAUAAAAUGUAUAUAAAGAGUAGUAAAAUGGUGAGUAUUUA